AUGGCGCCACCAAGGAAGCCCAAGCAGUCGGCGAUCAAGAGCAAAGCCUCCAGCUCUUCUUCUUCGGAGCUCCCAGCGCCGUUCAAGCUAGCCCCAGAAAAGCUGAAGCCGCUCUACUCCAACCUCUCCAAGAAGCACGUCUACGUGGCGCACGUCGACUCACGGCCACGCGACUUCAAGCGCAAGAUCUUCGUGGUGCCGGUGCUGAUGAACGUGGCGGUGGCGCUGCUCUUCGCGCUGCGCAUGUGGUACGUGGCGCCGUGGUACCUGCGCGUGGUGACGUCGACGCUGGGGUACGCCAACGAGACGACGGUGCGGGCGGCGGACCUGAGCUGGCGCGCCGGGGCGCUUCUCGUGCUGCGGCGCUGCUUCACCUUCAUUCUCGACUUCAGCCUAGCCGUGUUCGUGUGGCCGUGGCCCAUCGAGUUUGUGUUCGGCCCCAUCAUGGCCAAGGACGCGCGUGGCACCGGCAGCCCCGUCGGGUGGCGGUGGGUCAUCGGGUUCCGGGACCAGGAGAUCUACGUGCGCCGCAGCCGAUCGUGGGACCAGGCGCUCGGCGACGUGACGGCCGACGCGGCCGAGGGGGCCGAGGGCCGGGAGCGGAACGUGCUGUGGGCCCACGUGCGCGAGGCCAUGUCGCCGCUGCUGCUGCAGCAAAAAACGGGCUACCUCACCAUGAAUGCCGAUUGGGAUCUGGACUGGAGCGCCAUGGUGCACGCCACGACGCUUGUCGACACCGAGAUCGUCCCCCUAGACACGUUCCGCUCGCUGGUGCUGCUGCAUCACAAGCAGCACGGCUGGCUCAUCUUGGAGCUGGCGACGAGCGAGACGCCCAAGGAAGAGGAGCGGCGUCGGCAGGUGUUUGCCUUCCGGGACGCGCUGCAGGCGCUCGGCAAGGAGGACCUCUUUUACAGGUGGAUCGAGAUUAUCCAGUACGAGACUUCGCAGCCCGGCGGAUUUUCCACCGAGAGGCAGGCCGAGGUUGCCCAAAAAGUCAGGGACCUGUUCAAAGCCAGCGGUAUUGACUUUGACAAGUUCUGGAAAGAGAGUGUCGGCACUGAUACUAUCGAUGGGUUGUGA